GCCGUCUUGCAGGCUGCAGGCUGCCAUCCGUCUCGUCUCCCUUCGGUGCCGCCAUCCUCAGAGUCCUCGAUCCAUCGUCCUGCAAGUUGCGUCUCGUCUCCUUCCACGGUUCCCCUGACUAGAUGGAUGGCCGGUCUCGUUCCCCCUUGUCACGGCCGUCGGCGAAGAAUAGGUGUAUGUCUUUGAAUAAGGUUCUUGAUGCAAUCGGAGGUGCUUCGUAGCCCGCCCGUGCCGCGUCUCAGCAAGUUCCAACACCGGCGUCUCGCUAUCGUCCGUCAAUCGCCGAUGGUGAUCAUCGAUCUGCAUCACAGGCGACACAACAGGCUCCUUUGUCGAACAUGGAUGGCUAUAGCUCGAUGUCACCUGGGUACUUCACUAACCUACUGAACCGAGAGCAUGACGAUGUUUUUAUCCUUGAGGAAAACAUGAGAACUGAAAAUGAAGUUAUCGAGUACCCACCAGUGAACGAAUUGAUCUCACAGUCAAAACCAAAGGGUCGUUCCAAGAAUUUCAAUGAAGCUGAAGAUAUAUUGUUGAUUUCAGCAUAUCUUAAUAUAAGUAAAGAUGCUGUUGUUGGAAAGGAUCAAAAGGAUGGUAGAUUUUGGGAAAGAGUUGAAAAAUACUUUCAUGACAAUAAGACGUUUGAUUCGGAUCGCAAUUGGUCGUCCUUGAAGCAUCGAUGGAGUAGUACUAUUCAUAAAGAAAUGAGUAUGUUUCAAGGUUUUGUAGAUGCCAUAGAAAGGAAGAAUGGAAGUGGCAAGACAAUGAGUGAUAAGCUGGCAGAAGCUAGUACAAUGUUCCAGGAACUUAAAGGAAAGACAUUUUCACUCUUCCAUGCAUGGAAUAUUCUUAAGAAUGAGCCAAAGUGGGCAGAAGAGAAGAUAGCAAAGGAAGACAAUGGCAACGGGGAAAAUCAUCCGAAUUCAGAAAGACCUCUAGGAAGGAAAGCUGAAAAGGAAAAGGCUAAAGGAAAAAACCGUAGUGAGGAAGAACCUGAUCCUUUCAUUGAGGAAGUCAAAAAAAUGAGAGAAACAAGAGAGAAAAUUGAGACAGAACGAAAGGAACGUGAUGACAAGUUUAUCGAGCUUGACACAAAAAAACUCAACUUGGAGCAAGACCAGCAUGAUAAGGUGAUAAUGACAAUGGACAUAAGUUCAAUGGAUGACCAAGCAAAGCAGUACUUUAGGCUGCUGAAAGAUGAGAUUUUAGCUCGCCGUUUUGGGAGUCAGCACUAGGUUUUUAGUUUUUUAGAAUAAAUAUUCUGAAUGUUUGUGUUCAAGCAGUCAUAAAACAUCUUGGGUAUAUGUUUCAGUUUUUUAGAAUAAAUACUCUGAAUGUUUAUGUUCAA